AUGAAACAAAAGAUCAAGGAACUCGAUGAGAAAGUUGACAAGUAUUCAACAAAGAUUACUGACAUAACAAAGGAGUGCGAGGAGUCAACAAAUCUCAUAUCCCAACUGGAGGAAGACAUUCCCAAAUUGCAAAAACUCUUUCUUGAUGAAGAGAACGUCUUGAGGAAAUUAAGGAGAACUCCAAAGCUAGCAAAGGUUAUUGCUGAACUAGAACCUUGGGAAAAACAAUUGAUUGAUCACAAUGGAAAACUUGAAGUUACGUCUACCGAAAGAAAACUUUUGAAUGAGAAGCUGGAGCUUAUUUCUAAGGUGCAAAAUCCAUAUAUUGUGGAGUACAAAGCUUCAUUCCAUCAACCUGUCCUAAUUUAUACACUUAUACAACAUCUUGAUUCAACAUAUGAGUUAGAGCUUGUUGUAAAGCCUUCAAAAUUGGGCAAAACAUCAUUAUUUGUUGUAAAGGCAAUGGUUUUAUGCAGUGGUUCAUGUCCAGCAUUGUGUAGUUUGAACCUGUUUUUGAAGACUGGGAAGCUGGUCUGUAUUGCUGGAUUGAAAAAUCUGGGAUGUCAUGGAGCACUAGAUUAUUACUAUAAGGAGGAGGUGGUUGGAUAUGAAGCAAUUGCAUGGAGCUUGCUUAAGGCUUGGGUGCUGAUCUGA